UAUUAACUUUUGUUCGGUGCGGUUCGUUUGCUUGUGCAGUGAGUGCUUCUUCGAGUUGGAAUUACUUUUUCCGGCUUUUAAGAACUUCUUCGGUUUUAAAUAGUUCCGAAGUUAUAUUUUCGGAGGUAAAUUCCAAUCAGUUUAAUCAGUUGGAUAUUAGUGGUUAGAGAUAUCGGUCUGAAGCACUCUUUGAAUUGUUUUCGAGUGGAUCAAUAAACGUAAACGUAACAUCAUGAGCGACGACCAUCAAAAUGGCGACCACCAGAACGGCCGUGAUGAUGAGGAGAUCCGGGAACCUGAGCACAUGCGUAAACUGUUCAUUGGUGGUCUCGACUAUCGCACCACGGAUGAAACACUAAAAGCGUACUUCGAGAAAUGGGGUAAGGUCGUGGAUGUGGUUGUGAUGAAGGAUCCGAAAACUAAACGCAGCCGUGGCUUCGGAUUCAUAACCUACUCCAAAUCGUACAUGGUUGACGAGGCACAGUCGAAGCGUCCCCACAAGAUCGAUGGUCGGGUCGUUGAACCAAAACGAGCUGUUCCCCGACAAGAUAUUAAUCGACCGGAGGCCGGUGCUUCAGUUAAGAAACUGUUCGUAGGUGGACUGCGCGAUGACUUCGAAGAGGAACAUUUGAGGGAGUAUUUUGGAAAGUUUGGAAAUGUAAUUCUAGCCUGUAUCGUCACCGACAAGGAGAAUGGAAAGAAGCGUGGAUUCGGUUUUGUAGAAUUCGACGACUACGAUCCCGUGGAUAAGAUCAUUUUACAAAAAAGUCACACCAUUCAGAACAAAAUGCUGGAUGUGAAGAAAGCAUUGCCGAAACAGGAAAUGGAUCGGUACAAGAGUGAUUCCGGUCGGGGUGGUGGUGGCGGCGCUUGGGGUAACCAGCCGCGCGGUGGUGGUCAAUCGCAGGGUUGGGGCCAGACUGGUGGACGAGGCGGUGGUGGAUGGGGACAGAGUCAACGCGGCGGUCAGAGCGACUGGGGUAGCGGUGGUUUCCAGCAGCAGGGUGGUUUCAACAACAGUGGAUACGGCAAUGGUGGUGGCUAUAACGCCGGCGGUGGCAACUGGAGCCAAAGUGGAAAUCCGUGGGAUCAUGGAUGCAGCACCCAGGGAGGAUGGGGUCAACAAUCCGGUGGCUGGGGAGCACAAGGAACCGGUGGCGAAUUCGGCAGUAGUUUUGGCAACAACUAUCAGCAGGGAUACAAUGCCGGUCCGGUGCGUGCCGGAGGGUACAACAAUCAGAGAUCGGCACCAUACGGUAUGGAGUCGUACGACGGUAACCAGGGUGGAUUCGGCGGUAGUGGAGGUGGCUACGGUGCCGCUGGAGGUAAUCGUCGGUAUUAGACGAUUGAAAUCACAAGCAUGAGGCUGGGACGCACGCUCUAUCGUAUCAGGUAUGUUGCAAAAAUAAAGAAGAACAGGUCAGAAUCAGUCGGAGAGAUUCAGGCAGACAAAGGUAAAACAGAGCGAGGCAGAUAUGUUUUGAGCAAGGAUGACUGAUAAAAUAGGCGUCAGAUGUGUGAAGAAGCAGAACGAGCAUUCGUAAUUUUAAAUAAGCUAACCAAGGAAGUAACAGAUUGAAGGAAGGAAGGAGACAGCGUAACACAAGAAUAUAGACAAAUGAUUUACCAGGAAGAUGCAGUUUGGAGGCGAUUUUUAUUGACAGCAGUGAUGAAUCUUUAAUGAGAAGGGGGAAUCUAGAGAGUGGUUUAUUAGAGAGACAGAAAGAGAGAAAGAGAAAAAAGGGCACAGCAAACCACCGAAAAUUGACCAGUAGACGUGCAGUUUGAUUACCUUUCUUUGUCUGUGCAAUUCUCGCGUUUUAGUAACAGAAAAAAAAACAAAAUUUUUCAAGCGCAGAAAAACAAUUGCAUUCUUAGCAGGUCCUUAAAUCUUUAGAAUGAUCUUUUCUCUUGUGAUUGCUUGCGCCGGAAAGUAAUUUUCCCUUCCCCAAAAUUUCGCAUGCAAGAGAGAAGCUCAAUUUUGAGCUUUAUGGUGGCAAUCACAACGGUUUAUGAAUUUGCAUCAAAGUAUAGUAACGUAGGAUUGGAAUAGGUUAAGGUUCAGUUGUAAGAGGAAUAUUACUUUUUCUCGCAAGAAUACAGCAGCAUAAUUGCAAAGGUGUUUAGAUAAAACAGUAACACUCAUAAAAAUCGUCCAUCAAUAAUAAUAUAUACACAUUCGAAAAAGAUUUAUUAGAAUCUAUUAGCGAAACAGAUGAUAGUACCAUGGAAGAGAACAGAUUUACGAGCAAUGGGUACAGGUAAAACUGCAGACAGACACUUGUAAAUAUUUUCUAAAUGAUCAGCUACAUUUUGUACGGCUUGGUCGCAGCCAACAUACAUUCUUUUUAGUUUUCAACUGACGAAGCACAUCAAGUGGCAUCUUGUCACGCAAAAUUUAUUUAUUUUACGACUAAUAAUUCGCUUCAUCUUUGAUUCCAAUUAUUUUCUGUGGGAUUCUGCUUGUCUUGUCCAGCAAUCGGCUAUCCGUCCCAUUCCUUGUUCUAUUUUCCUCUCAGUAUGCAACAACCGUGAAUUAGAACAGACUUGAAAGCGCCUUCAAGUAGGUGAAAGUCAAAACAGUUCAGCAUACUUCAACCGCAAAACCUUCGAACUUCGGUUAGAUCGAGUUUUUUGUUUGAAAACAAUCACAAAUUAAGUCAAGUAUUUUAGAAAUGGAAAGUUGUCUGUACUAACAAGUAGCGCUAAAAAUGAACAGCAUAAGAUUUAAUUAACUAAAUGUUCAAAUUGACUAAAUUCAAGAUAGUAAAGGUCAAAAGUAUAGUAAGCAAAAAUGGAAA